AUUCCAGGUUUCACUACAAGCUUGAUUAGCGACAGUGUAUAGGUAGCAAGCUCAGUUGUGUCUUAUUAAAGUCAUAGUAAAACCAGGAAUGCAUCACACUGCUAUGCAAUGGGAGUCUCAUUUCCAUCUCUGAUGUCACACAGUGCUUACAGUGCAUGUAGUGCUCAUGGUGAUCCACUUUCUCUUUGUGAUCCUGACGGCUCUGAUUGUGUGGCAGGGGAUGAAUGUCUCAUGCUCGGGGUCUCUGUCUGUGUUCUUCUCUGUAUGUUUCAGGUAACAAGCCCCCAGGAUUGGUCCCCAAUAAGCCCUUGUACAUGACGAAGAACCUGCAGAGACUCGCCUCCUACUGCAAAGUGCCGAUCCAGGCUGCCAGCAACCCCUUCGAAGCCAUGUUUGAGAAAGGAAGCCUGUCUGAGAUGCAGUUUGUGACAGUGGUGGAGGAGAAUCUGGACCAAGACAUCACCACCCCAGAGUCCCUGCAAGAGGUGAGGGGUGGCUGGCUCACCGCCACCUAGUGUCUGGGCUGAGCUACUGCGCUGCAUUCUCAAGGACUUGUAUGUUUUCUGUGUUUUAGUGUUAUAGGAAUAAUUACACAGAAUGGCUUAAAUUGCAAAGUGUUUGAUGUAAUAUUUGAAUCAAAUAAAAUGACUGCAGGGGAUUUUGUUAAACACAUGAUUACAUCAUCCAUAAUCUGCAAAUACAGAGUUUGGCCUUUUGUGUGUG